AUGGCUGAAAUCACCGGCAAACGUGAGCGAAGGAAAAGCCUGAGUGUGUUCGGUCCGUCCCUCACAAUUUCGAACCCCAUCCGACCUCCGCUCCAUGAACGAACACCCUCGGACGAUACCCUGACCCGAGAUAAGAAAGCCCGCCGUAACUCCGGUUUCUUCGGGCGCUCGCAUAGUCACAACAGAGGGUCCAACACAGCACAUAUCCGACGCCCUGGAACAGCAGGGUCUGAUACCGCCGGCUGGGCGGCUUCAACAGUCAGCAACGAGACCCCUCGGCCGCGGAGGAAGUCGCUACAGAAGAAGAGAACAUCGGUUUUCGGAUCUUUGAGGUCACUGCACUCACAUGAGGAUGAUGACCCUCUGAGUGCCUCCCCAUCGGUGGGGGACGAGCAGUCCAUGAACGGUCCCCGAAAUGGAAUUUGGUCGUCUGCAAUCCUCCAUCAUGGCGAAGUUCAAAUGACUGGGGGCAUGUGGAGGAAGAAGAGUCAAUACUUGGUUCUCACGGACACACAUAUUAUUCGCUUCAAAAAUCAGAGCAAAGCCGCCGACGUCUUUUCUUCGAUCCCCGUUUCCUACACCCGGGCCCCGGCCGCCCAUCGCCAAUCGGUGGCAUCAAUCAGCUCUCUGCAGGAUAUGCAACACAUGGCAACUGGUGACUCGUCCGCUGGCAUUCCGUUGAACAGUAUCAUCGCGGUCUACAUGCUGGAGGAUGCGCGAUUGUCCCCUUCGGUCGAGGUGGCCUAUCUCGAUGAGCGCACACACAAAUCCACAUUGGUCCAGAUGCAAACAUCUGAUUUACAAGAAUUGAACCUCUGGAUGGUCGGGAUCCGCCAAGCUGCCCAGAUGGCGAGAGCCAACUUUCCAAUGGCAUUCACGAAAGGCUCGGUCGAGUAUGUAACUCGAAUGCUGGAACACGAACGAGAUUACGAUCCGGAGGUAUUCCGCAUGUUCCGGGUUAUACAGAUUGCAUCCAGCAAGUCGAUCACCCGCUCUUCGUCCGAUGACCUGACCAAGCUGUCGCCUACUGGCUGCUAUCUUGCUAUUGGCGCGCACAAACUUCAUCUACUUCCCAUGCAGAAGACAACGAAUCGAUCUUCGGCGGUCUCCCUAUCAGACUGGGAGUCUGGCACUUCUUUUGGUCUGAUGAAUAUGACUGGUUUGUCGAUGGAGUACGGUGAUGAUAGCUUGCAUCUGACUUUCAGGGUUCCGCUUAAGAAAUCAUUCAAUGUGUUCCUAGCCUCGGUUCAUUCCGUCGAAGUCGCUUGUUGGAUCCGCCAACAUACUGAAUACCUGCGCCCACUGUGGACACGACAGCCAUAUGAAUUUUUGGUCCCGAAAGAUUUGCAAAACGACGACAACUUCCCACCUGUUGAGUUGAAUGAAGAUUACGGAUGCUUUGACCGAACGCUGGUUGCCUACUCCGCCAGUUAUGAUAUCGAUACCUCAAACAUUCGAUACACUAUCGAUUCGGAAUGCGAGGAUGCUCCAUGCUUCCGUCUUCUCAAGCCCGCCUCACCAAGGGCCAGGUACCAGGCUUUGGAACUCAUCGCGGUGAUGCGCGCACUUCGUUACAAUGAAUUCUUCCGGUCAAUAUCUUUCCGCGGCAUCAAUCUUGAUGCACUGCAGGGCCUCCGUGAUGCGCACGGGGUUGACACCGAUGUCCAUCUCGACCGAGGAGGCUGCUUCGUGCACAUCCCGGGCCAAGCGGAUCUGUCUGUUCUCUCACAAGAGGUGCGCGCUUUGGCUUUGAAAAGUAAAUGGCUGCGCCGACUAGAUUUUUCAUACUGCCUUACCCGGGUACCAACACAGACCCUCGACAAGAGCGUUCGCGACCCUGGCUGCGGGAUUCCAGAGGCGAUAUUCCCCGUGUGCCGCCGAGAACUGACCAGUGUGGACUGGGUUGUGCUCAAUGGGAUUAAGCUGGGUGAGUCUGAUUUGGAUUAUCUCGUCGAUGCGGCAUCGCAACGGCGCAGUCACCUGCGGGCUCUGGAAGUCGGAGACUGUGGAUUGUCUGUGCAUGACCUCGACCUCAUUUUGUCGACUAUUAUCGCUCAAGAAGCAACGCUCGAGGCGAUCAACAUCUCGGGCGUACAAGGCCGCUUGAAUCCCGACGUGCUGCAGCAAUACAUUGGCUACUUCGGACAAAUUCGCAAAAUCAACCUAUCUCGCAUUUCACGCACGUCUGGUGAUGACCCGCUCAUCACGGCUGAAAUGUUAUUCAACUGGCGACUUGAAGAGCUGGCUCUCAGUCGGACAGCCGUGAACCGCGAAACUGUGGAUGCCAUUGCCACUUACCUGGCCAGCGAUCGCUCUCGCAACCUUCGUGUGCUUCGCCUUGAUCAGUGUGGUCUUACCGGAGAAGACGUCGCUAUGUUUAUGCACUCGAUGACCGACGGUCCGCAUGCCUCACGUAGCCUCCAUUUGCACGUCAAUGAGAACCGCCUCGACACUGGCUGCUCCCAUAUCUUCAAUGCUAUUACGAAGAAUCAGACCCCCUCGCAUUUGUCCAUGCGCAUGAUUGACUUUAAGAAGGAAGAUCAUUUCCGUCAGCUGGUGGAAUCCGUUCGCACGAACACCACUCUUAAGUUUCUGGAUAUCUCGAAGGCUUCUCUCCCGUACGAUGCCAGUCCUGAGACCUGCCGAGCCUUGCAGCUGAUGCUCGAGGAGAACAAGACUCUCGAGGCUUUGGAUAUCAGCGGAGACAAUGCUCAUCUUGAUGUUGCACGCUUUGGCAUUGGUCUCAACCUUGCAUUGACUGGCCUGAAGAAGAACACGUCUCUCAAGGUCCUGAGGAUCGAGCACCAGAAACUCGGUCUUCAAGGUGCGAACACCCUCGCCUCUGUAUUGGAAGAGAACGACUCACUGCGUGAGGUACACUGCGAGAACAAUGACAUCAACCUUCAGUCGUUCACGGUGUUAGUCAAUGGGCUUCAAUGCAAUCAUUCCCUUCUCUCACUUUCCUGCAUGACUCGGGAUCGAGUCAUGUCGCUCGACAAAGUGCGCCGGGAGGUUGACAAUGUCCGACGUGAGGCUAGUAAUAGCCACCAGACUUUGACCGGAAAUUCGAUCCGUCGCUCUCUAUAUGCAGCGAUGAGCGUUGGUCAAGGGGCGCAUGUGCACAAGCUGAGCAAAGCACCGCCGCCUAAGGUCGUCUCGGCCCUGGAGAACUCGCCCUUUGCCAACCACAAUGUUGAACUAGUUUUGCAGUCUCUCAACCAGAGAUGGGACGCGGAAGUCGCCCGACUCAAUCGAUAUCUCUUGCGCAACUACAAUCUCGCCCAUGGCAUUGAGAAUGUUGAAGAUGACGAUGCUGCCAGCGAUGGACGACCUGCAACAGCAGCGAGCCUGGGCACAAUGCUCGACAAUCUCAAAUUCGAGGUGUCCGUUUCGGCAGAUGAGAUUCGCGCGUCACCACCGGACGAGUCACCUGCUAGUCUUCGACUUUCAGAGACGUGCGACAGUCAGUCCCCGCCUUCCCCAACCGAGUCCAGCGAGUCCAGCUUAGCCCUACCAACCCGUCUUCUAUCCAAUUCCCGUCGCCCACAAACCGCCAGCGCUGCACAAGUCCUUCCAUCCGAUCAUUCCUCUUCCUCUUCCGGGUCUCACAUAGCCCUCCCCGUUCCAGCUGUGCCAUCGGCAGCCCGCAAAGCUGAAAGUGUCCGCAGCGGACACAGCUCCUACAGCAGCGCUUCAAUAGGUGCCGGCAGCACGCGCAGUGCCUACGGAAUGGCGUCAUCGACGCUGAGAGGCUUCCUCGGCAGCACCGCAGUGAAAGAACGUCGCCGAGCAGAUGCAAUGCGCGCCUCGCCUGUAUGUGUGAACAGUGAUAAGCCACCUCGGCUAGACUGGGCGCCUCCUAAACUCGACUUGCAGGAGCUCCAGUAG